AUACAUACAUCAACUCUGGACACUCUGAAGAUGAUGCUCUGCCCACGGCCUCAGUGAAGAUAGUCACUCCACAGGGUCUCCUCUACCCUGGAGAGACAGUCACUCUGCAGUGUGACAUAUCAGACUACACAGACUGGAUGUACCACUGGUUCAGAGACAAACAUUACCUUCCCAGUCAGACCAGUAAAGCCAAAGAUAUCACCAUCCCCAUCACUCAGACUGGUCAGGCUGGUCAGUACAGAUGUGAGGGGCUGAGGACAGAUCGGCCACAGAGAUCACAACCCAGUGAUGCCGUCACCAUCAGUGUCACUGCUCUUCCCAAAACUACUCUGACUGUGAGGCCAAACCUUGCAUACACUGGAGAGACAGUUACUCUGAUGUGUUCAGUUGGGUCUGACAGUAGAUGGAACUAUCAGUGGUACAAAGACAGGAAUUAUAAUGUAGUGUCCCAGUCUGUCAGACACACUAUAACAGGAGACACCCUCACCAUCAGUACAGCUGCUGAGUCUGACCAGGGUCUCUACUGGUGUGAAGGGAACAGAGUGUCUAGACCCACAUCUUCACAACCAAGUGAUCCUGUCACUCUCACUGUAAAAGCUCUUCCCAAAACUACUCUGACUGUGAGGCCAAACCUUGCAUACACUGGAGAGACAGUUACUCUGAUGUGUUCAGUUGGGUCUGACCGUAGAUGGAACUAUCAGUGGUACAAAGACAGGAAUUAUAAUGUAGUGUCCCAGUCUGUCAGACACACUAUAACAGGAGACACCCUCACCAUCAGUACAGCUGCUGAGUUUGACCAGGGUCUCUACUGGUGUGAAGGGAACAGAGUGUCUAGACCCACAUCUUCACAACCAGGUGAUCCUGUCACUCUCACUGUAAAAGCUCUUCCCAAAACUACUCUGACUGUGAGGCCAAACCUUGCAUACACUGGAGAGACAGUUACUCUGAUGUGUUCAGUUGGGUCUGACAGUAGAUGGAACUAUCAGUGGUACAAAGACAGGAAUUAUAAUGUAGUGUCCCAGUCUGUCAGACACACUAUAACAGGAGACACCCUCACCAUCAGUACAGCUGCUGAGUCUGACCAGGGUCUCUACUGGUGUGAAGGGAACAGAGUGUCUAGACCCACAUCUUCACAACCAAGUGAUCCUGUCACUCUCACUGUAAAAGCUCUUCCCAAAACUACUCUGACUGUGAGGCCAAACCUUGCAUACACUGGAGAGACAGUUACUCUGAUGUGUUCAGUUGGGUCUGACCGUAGAUGGAACUAUCAGUGGUACAAAGACAGGAAUUAUAAUGUAGUGUCCCAGUCUGUCAGACACACUAUAACAGGAGACACCCUCACCAUCAGUACAGCUGCUGAGUCUGACCAGGGUCUCUACUGGUGUGAAGGGAACAGAGUGUCUAGACCCACAUCUUCACAACCAGGUGAUCCUGUCACUCUCACUGUAAAAGCUCUUCCCAAAACUACUCUGACUGUGAGGCCAAACCUUGCAUACACUGGAGAGACAGUUACUCUGAUGUGUUCAGUUGGGUCUGACAGUAGAUGGAACUAUCAGUGGUACAAAGACAGGAAUUAUAAUGUAGUGUCCCAGUCUGUCAGACACACUAUAACAGGAGACACCCUCACCAUCAGUACAGCUGCUGAGUCUGACCAGGGUCUCUACUGGUGUGAAGGGAACAGAGUGUCUAGACCCACAUCUUCACAACCAAGUGAUCCUGUCACUCUCACUGUAAAAGCUCUUCCCAAAACUACUCUGACUGUGAGGCCAAACCUUGCAUACACUGGAGAGACAGUUACUCUGAUGUGUUCAGUUGGGUCUGACCGUAGAUGGAACUAUCAGUGGUACAAAGACAGGAAUUAUAAUGUAGUGUCCCAGUCUGUCAGACACACUAUAACAGGAGACACCCUCACCAUCAGUACAGCUGCUGAGUCUGACCAGGGUCUCUACUGGUGUGAAGGGAACAGAGUGUCUAGACCCACAUCUUCACAACCAGGUGAUCCUGUCACUCUCACUGUAAAAGCUCUUCCCAAAACUACUCUGACUGUGAGGCCAAACCUUGCAUACACUGGAGAGACAGUUACUCUGAUGUGUUCAGUUGGGUCUGACCGUAGAUGGAACUAUCAGUGGUACAAAGACAGGAAUUAUAAUGUAGUGUCCCAGUCUGUCAGACACACUAUAACAGGAGACACCCUCACCAUCAGUACAGCUGCUGAGUCUGACCAGGGUCUCUACUGGUGUGAAGGGAACAGAGUGUCUAGACCCACAUCUUCACAACCAGGUGAUCCUGUCACUCUCACUGUAAAAGACUAUCAGCCAAAGACCACACUGACUUCAGACAGAGAGAGUAUAUUCACAGGAGACAGUGUGACACUGAACUGUACUGUAGAGUCUCCUGGAUGGAAGUUUUACUGGUACAGACACAGACCAGACUCUACACCAGUAACCACAACCUCUGGAUACUCCUACACACUCAGCUGGGUCAGGGUCUCUGAUGGAGGACAGUACUGGUGCAGAGCUGGGAGAGGAGACCCAGUCUACUACACCCUGUACAGUGACCCAGUCCAGAUAAACAUUACUGAGAGGCCUGUUGCUGUUCUGACCCUCCAACCCAACUGGACCCAGAUAUUCAGUGGAGAGACUGUUACUAUGAGAUGUGACAUACAGGGAGGAGGAGACACUGACUGGAACUACAGAUGGUAUAAGAAUAGUCCGGUAGUGAUCUCCUUUAACACAAAGCCUGAGUACAGAAUCAGUCCUGUCUACUGGUAUAACAGUGGUUCAUAUACCUGUGAGGGUGUAAAGGGAAACGAGUUCUCCAAGACCAGUGAAGCUGUAAAACUGACCGUGUCUGAUCAACCUCAACCUGUCCUGAGUAUCUCUCCUCAGUGGCUGAACGCUGGAGACUCAGUGGCUCUGAACUGUGAAGUUGACAAGACGUCUACAGGCUGGAGGUUCUCCUGGUACAGGACUGUUCCCUACAGAGCUGGGUUACCCUCCCUAUCAGACAAGUCUUACUCUCUACAGCCCCUAUCUGACAAUGUGACUAGUGAAGACUCCUACACUCUGAUCCCUGCUGGUCCUACUCCCACAGGAGGAUAUGUGUGUAGAGCUGGGAGAGGAGACCCAGUCUAUGACACACUCUACAGUGAACCUCAGUUUCUCUGGUCAGGAGAUCUGCAGCCUUCAGUGUCUCUUACAGUAAAUCCCAACACAACUCAACACUUUACAUCAAAGUCUCUCUCACUGAGCUGUGAGCUGAAGGGGAACUCUACUGGAUGGAGACUGAAGAGACACACAGAGACAGCAUGGCGGUCAGAGUGUCCAUCUACCUGGAGAUCAUUAACAGAAUCCACCUGCACCAUCACAUCAUUGGACACACGGUACAGUGGAGUGUUCUGGUGUGAGUCUGGAUCAGGAGAGAACAGUAAUGCUGUCAACAUCACAGUAAAUGAUGGUGAUGUGAUCCUGGAGAGUCCUGUCCAUCCUGUGACUGAAGGAGACUCUGUGACUCUGACCUGUACAUUUAGACAUCAGGGAACAAAUCCUAAACCCAAGACUGAUUUCUACAAAGAUGGAACACUCAUCAAGAAUGAGACCACAGGAGAGAUGACCAUCCCUGCAGUAUCCAAGUCAGAUGAAGGAUUCUAUAAGUGUAAAUCUGGUGAAGGAGAAUCACCAGAGAGCUGGGUGACAGUGAGAGUCUCUCCAGUCGUAUCUCCUGGAUCCUCUACAUCAGUCCUAGUAGGAGUGGUUGUGGGUCUGCUUGUUGCUGGUGUCCUACUGGUCAUUCUCCUGGUGCUGUUGGUGAGAUAUAAAAACAGCAAAGGUUCCUGUUUCAACAGAAUAUUCUGGCCCCCUCAGCCCCAGAGCAUCAACCAUGACCCCCAACAGGACCAAGGAUCUACCCAGGGUGACACUAACAUCUACGACACGAUCAAUUCCUCAGACAACAAUGAUAAUGAUGUUGCUGGUGCUUCUGCUGCUGGACCAAGUCAUGUGACUUACGCCCAGAUUCAACUGAAAAAGUUGGACAAAAAAAAGAAAGAAAAGAGAAAUGAUCCUAAAGAAAAUCCAGUCUACUCUGAGGUGAAGACAGGGAAAGCCACAGGAGCAGCAAGACCUGUUGAUGUAACCUAUGCUGAGGUUGACCUCCAAAAGAGGGCCAAAGCCAAGAAGAAGAGAGAAACAGCAACCCCACCUGAGCCAGAAUCUGUCUAUUCUCUAGUGAAGCCAUACACAGCCCCCGCAGCUGGACCUGUUGAUGUGACCUAUGUUGAGGUUGAUCUCCAAAAGAAGAACAAAGCCAAGAAGAAGAGAGGUAAGUCUGGACAUCCCUCCCUCCAUAUUCCCCUUAUCAGAACCUCAUAUCUCUUUGACCCCAUAUAUAUUGAAAAGCUGUAUAUUAAUCUGUAUAUUAUUCUGUAUAUAUCUGUGUAUUAUUCUGUACAGUGUUCU